CCGGAAGAGGCUGCGCCGCGCGCUGUUGCGGACUCGGCAGCGGCAGGAGAUAUGAAAAUGAUAACUCUACUUGACUCUGGACCUGAUUUUUGAUAGGCUCCAUUUCUCUUCUUGUCUUUAUGGGAAGUGUUCACAAGAUUUGUGUUGUGAAAGAAACUGUCAGAUGGCUUCAGAAUCUAUGCUCCCAGAACAGGCAAAAACUCAUCUGAUAAAGGGGAAAAGGCAGCAGCAGCAACAGCAAGAGAGAUCUUCAAACAGUGAUAGUGAAGAUGAAAUCUUUAUCUUUGAAGCCAAUGAAGCAUGGAAGGACUUUCACAACUCUCUCCUUCACUUCUAUGAAGCUGGGGAGCUCUGUGACAUUACGUUGAAGGUUGGUUCAAAGCUAAUCUCCUGCCAUAAACUGGUGCUGGCUUGUGUUAUCCCUUAUUUCAGAGCCAUGUUCCUUUCUGAAAUGGCUGAAGCCAAACAGACACUGAUUGAGAUUAGGGACUUUGAUGGUGAUGCCAUAGAAGAUUUAGUGAAGUUUGUCUACUCUUCCCGACUUACUCUGACUGUUGAUAAUGUCCAGCCUCUCUUAUAUGCAGCCUGCAUUCUUCAGGUGGAGCUUGUAGCAAAAGCUUGCUGUGAAUAUAUGAAGCUACAUUUUCAUCCCUCCAACUGCCUGGCAGUGAGGACCUUUGCAGAAAGUCACAAUCGUAUUGACUUGAUGGACAUGGCUGACCGGUAUGCAUGUGAACACUUUACUGAAGUGGUGGAAUGUGAGGACUUUGUCAAUGUGUCACCUCAGCACUUGCAUAAACUUUUGUCUUCCAAUGAUCUGAACAUUGAAAACGAAAAGCAGGUUUAUAGUGCUGCUAUCAAGUGGUUUCUUGCCAAUCCCCAGCAUCGUACUUUAUGGUUGGAUGAAAUACUUGCUCAGGUACGUCUGCCUUUGUUGCCCAUUUGUUUCCUUAUGGGUGUUGUGGCAAAAGAAGAGAUUGUUAAACAGAAUCUAAAAUGCAGGGAUUUACUGGAUGAAGCGAAAAACUACCACCUUCACCUGAGCAGCAGGGCAGUGCCAGACUUCGAGUAUUCCAUCCGCACAACACCGAGGAAGCAAACUGCAGGUGUGUUGUUCUGUGUUGGUGGUCGAGGUGGAUCAGGUGACCCAUUUCGCAGCAUUGAAUGCUACUCCAUAAACAAAAACAACUGGUUCUUUGGUCCUGAAAUGAAUAGCAGGAGGAGGCACGUGGGUGUAAUCUCUGUGGGAGGUAAAGUAUAUGCAGUAGGUGGACAUGAUGGAAAUGAGCAUUUAGGCAGCAUGGAAGUGUUUGAUCCCCUCACUAAUAAGUGGAUGAUGAAAGCAUCAAUGAACACUAAAAGGAGAGGAAUUGCCCUAGCUUCCCUUGGUGGCCCCAUUUAUGCAAUAGGAGGGUUAGAUGACAACACUUGCUUCAGUGAUGUGGAGAGAUAUGACAUUGAAUCCGAUCGAUGGAGUGGAGUAGCAUCAAUGAACACACCCAGAGGAGGAGUUGGCUCCGUGGCUCUUGUGAGUUAUGUGUAUGCUGUUGGUGGCAAUGAUGGUGUAGCCUCUCUUUCCAGUGUUGAGAAAUAUGACCCCCAUCUGGAUAAAUGGAUAGAAGUGAAGGAGAUGGGCCAACGAAGAGCUGGUAAUGGGGUUAGUGAACUCCACGGUUGCUUGUAUGUUGUAGGUGGUUUUGAUGACAACUCUCCACUGAGCUCUGUUGAACGGUUCGAUCCUCGCAGUAACCAGUGGGAAUAUGUUGCAGAGCUUACAACCCCCAGGGGUGGAGUUGGUAUAGCAACACUGAUGGGUAAAAUUUUUGCAGUCGGUGGUCAUAAUGGCAAUGCAUACCUGAACACAGUGGAAGCUUUUGAUCCACUGAUGAACAGGUGGGAGCUUGUGGGAUCUGUCUCUCACUGCAGAGCUGGGGCAGGCGUCGCUGUGUGUUCUUGUCUUUGUAGCCAGAUCCGAGACGUGGGUCAAGGAUCCAACAAUGUGGUUGACUGCAUGUGAACAAGUCUCUUGGAUUUCUCCAGAAUUCAGGUGGAAAACUGAAAACUGCAGUAUGGAGGGACAUGACCUCAGCAGUGCUGCUUUGAGUUUUUUAAACCUACUGCUACAUUGUAAGGUAGACAAAAACCAUGAAAGCAUCUUGUAUGUGAUAAUGGAAGUUAUGAGACCAAGGCUUGGACAGCAUUCUGAAUCUUUUGAGUUAAAAUAGUCUGGGCAGAUAUGGAAUAAGUUCUAGCUUGUUCUUGAAAACACAUCCCUGGUUGUUUUCUAAAGCUUCCGAAAGCUUCUAAAGCUUGAGACCUUUGUUCUAGACUGAUAAUUAAACAGUAAAAGGGGAUAAAUUAUAGUGAAGCGAAUGUGCUUUGCAUUGUUGACCUUGACAGCACAUCCCACCUAAAUGUGUUUCUUAGGCUGGGAUAAAAAUGACACCCUUGUGUUAAUCAGAAUUCAGUCUUAAAGAAUUGCUAGUUCUGCAGCAUUUUACCAAUAUGAGAAAAGCUUUGGGUUGGUCUAAAGUAUAUGCAUCUCAUUUAUACAUAAAAAAGUAUACAGGUUAAAUGCCAGAACUUUAGGACUGUGGGUAUUCAACCCACAUUUAGUCCAUUUGUGGUAGCGCUGAGGUCCAGAGUACUGGCUGGUCUGUGUGGAGUUUAGAAUAUUCUUCCUCAUGUCUGAAGUGUCCCCUGUAGAAAAGUUAAGUGUUAUAACAGAAAGCAUCCCUGAGGCUUCCUGUGUAGUUUUCUUCUAUUUUUAGAAUAGGGUCUGUCUAGAUAUGUACAGCUUACAUGGUCCCUUGGAGCUUUACAUUUGAUGGAUUUUAUGGAAACAGGAAUACCAUUGUUGGAAGACGUUACCAUGUCUAAAUGUUAUCCAGCUGAAAUCUAUCUUCCAAUGUAACAAAGUGGCUAACAUUUUAAGUUUUUCAAUUCCAGCAACAACUUAGUGGUGAUGUGAGGCUGCUGGUUCUUUAUUAAAGAGCUCAGCUGUUAAAUAUUCAGACAACCAAGCAGCAAAUCUUCAAAUGAAAAAUCCUUGAUCAAAUUUUCCAGUGGUUUCUAAACCAAAGAAAAUAAGCAGAAAAAUGAUCUGGAGUCUAACAGUGUUGUUAUUGCCAAAGAUGUGUAUGGAUACUUGGUGAUUUGAUCUAUUUUUGAAUUGGAACAUAACUGUACUGCCAUGCCAGAAUAUCUAUUGCCACAUUGAAAGACGUGUCCUAAUCCUGAUUUAAGCUACUAAUGAGCUGUAGUUACUUAUGUACAUAGUGUAUAUUAUUUAAUUGCUACUUCUAACCUGAAUCUCUUCUAUGUAUUACUUCAACCUUUACUUAGCUGUAUGAUGUGGUUUUUGUUUUUGGUGGGGGGGGAGGGGUGCAGCUAGGAAGUUCACUGAAAUCUUCCACAGUUUGUAUAUGUUCACAAUUUUCUUAAUGGCAUAUAGCAUUACCACUGUUCAGCCCUCUCUGUUGUUGCACUAAUGUAAUUAAAGGUGUGGGUGUGAACAGAUUACAAUGAUUGGCGAGGAUAUUCUGGCUUCUGCUCCUAAUGUAUUGAACACACAAGUAAAACUACUUUUACAAUAAAAUACCCAAAGCGGUAGU